UGCACGUCACUUCCUUGUAUGCAAAUCCAUGGCGUCCACAUUCUAGUGAAGACUUCGCCUGAAGAAAAAAAAAGAAAAUUAAAAAUUAAAUCCUUGAAUUUCGUUUUAAGUAAGUUACUGUAGUGCCCAGAGACUAGGUCAGACCAGAGAAUGCCCAAGAAGAAAGUUGAGAUUGAAGAGAAGGAGCAAAUCCUGACAGAAGAGAAAAAGAUUGCUUUCACAGCCAUAGAGCAACAGUUGGACGAGCUCAAUGGAAUAGGAAAAGAUAUCUGGAGACUCCGGGAAAAAUCCGGGAAGGAAUAUAAGUGUCACGACAGAAUCGUCAAAUUCUUGAAACGUAAAGGGUUUAAAGUCUCAGAGAGAUACAAAGGUUUCAAGACUGCCUUCAGGGCGGAAUUUGGAGAGGGAGAGGUCGGAGGAGUGGAUCACCCAAACAUCGGGUUUCUGUGCCAGUAUGAUGCUGACGAGGCAACUGGUCACUCACAAGGCCAUAACCUGGUUACCGUAGUGGCCCUAACAGCAGCACUGGGCGUUCAGACUGUCAUCAAAUUUGCCACUGAGCCCGUAGGAAUGGUGACAGUUAUCGGCUGCUGUGGUCAUCCAGACAAUGUGGGGAAAAUUUUGAUGUUUGAGGAGGGAUGUUUUAAGGGCAUCGACUUUUUGUUGACCGCCUACCCCGCCCAUUACACCAAUGUCAGGCCACACUUUGUUGGCUCACAGAGGAAUAAAAUUGUAUUUAGGGGCCGAAGUCGACCAGAGGGAGAUCGACCGUGGGAAGUGGCCAAUCCGGUCAACGCUGUGGUUCUGGCCUAUCAAAACAUCGCAUCUGCCAGGCAGCAGUUUAAAGAAGACUGGUUAGUGAAAGGUGUCAUUGCGGAGGCCGGCUCUAAGGCGGAUGUCAUGCCAGAGUUCUCUACCAUGGAUUUCAUCACGAAAGCCCCCAAGCCCAUUGAAAUGAAAGUGCUCAGCGAGAUGCUCCAGAGAAGUUACGAGGCCGCAGCGAUGGCCAGCGGUUGCAGGUUUGAGAUCGAGCCCGCAGUGAAGGAGUUCCUAUGUAACAUCACUUGCCCUCGUCUGGUUGAGCUGUACAAACACAACGCCACUCUGAUGGGGUUCACAUUCCAUCACAAGAUGAAAGCCUUUGAGCCCCCGGAUGACAUUGCCAACGUGACAACAGCUGUGCCGACACUGAAGGUAUUCUAUUACUCAGGAUCAUCCGCUGAAUUAGGAACUGAUGAGUUCAGUAGAUAUGCAGGUUCCAAGGAAUGUGAAUUUAUGAGCAUCGUACAAGGCAAAGCUCUGGCCAUGUUGGCUAUCGACUUGAUGGUCUCUGAGGAGAAUAUGAAGGAGGUCUUUGAAGAGCACCAGUCCGAGCUUGUACGUCUGUACGAGUCGGCGGGAAUCGCGCCAUCAGAAGUAACACCACAACAGUGACAUCUCGUAUACAGUUUCAGACUUAUCUAAUUCGUAGAGCGACACUGUUGAGGAAAUAUGUCAUUAGUUUAGGUCUUUUAAAACCAAAUGUUGGUCUCCGCCUCUAAGUCUAUAUUUCUAAGUACUCUAAGCGUAACUUUAAGAAUAACAGAUGAUAUUAUAUAAUUUAAGCUGCCUACAAUGCCUCUAUUCAGCUUACGAGAGCGUUCUGUAUUAUUAUUAAAAAAAAAAGAUUUUACUUUGUCAAUGUAAUAAUUUAUUUGUGUUUUCCUAAACAUCGACCGUAAGAAGUAUCGGUAGUUCAAUCUUAUCAAAGAAUUUUUUAUCAAUGAAAUUGUCUUGUAGAGAAGACCUAACAGAUAUAAAGCAUUUUACUUUCUAUUUACUUACUUUCUAAUUUUAUGCAUGUACAUCACAAGAAAGUUUUGAUACAAAUAAUUUAAUAUUUAUUCUAUGUUUCUUAUAAUUCUUUUAUUUCGACAACAUUAUAAGAAGUGAUACGUUUUCUGCCAAUACUGUUUGAUAUGGUUACGUACACUAAUGGUUAUGUACAAAUGUUACAUAACAGUGAAUUGACCACUGGCUAAAUAUGUCCUAGUGGUUAGACCAAAGAGGGUCUUUAUAUGAUCACAUAACGAGAUAAGACUUUGCCUUGUUCCGUUUCUUAGAAAGUGAUAAUUUUGUGGUUCUAUUCCUUUAGAAUACAUCCAAGGGAUAGGAACUGGUAAAUGGUACCCGUAAGAUGUGAUGGUACCUGUAAGGAGUGAUGGUACCUGUAAGGAGUGAUGGUACCCGUAAGAAGGGAUGGUACCUGUAAGGAGUGAUGAAGGCUCAAUACAUAAGGAUAAUUGUAUUCAUUUAUAUCUGGGUCCAUUCUACUUAUCAAUGUAAGAAGUAGUAUGGUACUAUUGAUUGUGGGAUUGGGAUGUGACUAAAAUAAAGCAAUAUUUAGAAUAUUUAAAAAUAAAAAAGACAAAUGUUAGUAUAUCAUGUGUACAUUGUUAUGUUAGAAUAAUUGCUCCGAAUUUAAAAAUAAAUAUCUGUCAAAGUGGCACAAAA